AUGAAUUUGCUGUUGUACAGCAGUAAAACUGUAAUGGAAAAACAGUACCACAAUAGCAAUUUUUCUCAAACUGUGUUGAUAUGUUGAAUAAUAAUUACUGUAAUUUUAAAAUAUAGGUAUGUUCAUUUGCUACAACUUGGUUUUAAAGUUUGGAAAUCAAAAUCGAAAUCUUGUUUAUUGAUAUUUAAUCAUCAUCAGAGUGACAUUUGUAUGCUUCGCCUAUUUGAGUCUUUCAUGGAAUCAGCUCCACAACUUGUUCUACAACUAUAUAUAAUGUUCAGCACAGAUGAAUGGAACCCGUGGACUGGCAUUUCAGCUUCAGCAUCCAUUUUCUCAUUGGGCUGGGGAAUAUCAGCUUACAGCAAAGCGAUGCGCAACAUUCGUCCAGAAAAGAAACUUUUAUCUUGGUGGGGUUUGUUAUUCCAAGCAAUGUGGAGGAUUGGAAUGGUUUCCUCUCGAAUAAUUGCCAUGGUACUUUUUGCAACAGCAUAUGGAUAUUGGCUAAUUAUUGCUAUGGCUCUUCAUUGGUUUAGUAUGACAGUGUGGGUUUUUAUGCAAAACACAGAUUUCUGCUCCACGUGGUGGGAAGAGAGACUGUAUAACUGUAUUGUUGGCAUAAUAUAUUGCUUCUGUUAUUUCAAUGUGAAAGAAGGGAAAUCUAGAUUAAGAAUGACAUUUUACUAUUUUUUGACUUCACUGCAAAACAUAAUUUUUGCUUUGAUGUUUUACUUUUCUAAUGAAAAAAAGCAAACUCUGAAAAAUCUAAUAGCUGCUUUUGUACCUGCUGGAAUGAUAUGUGGUAUAACAAGUAUGCUUUUCUACUAUCGUUUUUUUCAUCCAAGUGGACCAAUUAAAUUGUUGAAAAUACAAGUUCCUGUUGAACAGAAAAGGAAUCAGAAACAUGAACUUAUCCAGCAAAGAUUACAAUUACAAGGACAAUAA